CUCGCAUCGAUGGAAGAUUGUGAUCCCUUGGAUGUCGAGGUAUCAGAAGCCGAAAAUGACAAUGCGAAGAAAGAUAAGGGCACUGGGCCAGCGUGCCAGCCAUGCCGUACGCGAAAGUCGAAGUGUUCACGGCAAAUGCCCUGUUCACAAUGCGUCAAGAAUGAAUUAACUUGCGUUUACGACAAGGAAAAGAACAAACCCGGCAUGAAGGUUGGUGCCAUCGAUCGCAUCAAUCGUCGCCUUGACGCACUGGAAAACAUGUUCCUCGGGCAAGGUCUGUUGUGGCAAAGACUUUGGAACCAUGUACAAAAUACCGAUAGCCAGGCCACAUCCUCUUCACCAUUAAGGGAUGCUCUUUGCGACCAGACCGAUCAGCUGAAGCAGAAUUUGGAUGCUCUUGGUCGGAAGCGCUGCAGCGGGAAUAGCGAAGCAUUGGGGUUAUCGAUCGCACACAAGCGACAAAGAACCUCCGCUGAAGACGAUAGUGUAUCACCAGCAUCAAGAUCCGACACAACUGAAUCUGGUUAUAAGCUACCUACAGAGCUAGUCGACUCAUUGGUCGACCUCUACUUUGUACAUAUCCAUCCUUGGAUCCCCAUUCUUCAUGUCCGACAAUUUCGAGGAAAGAUGAGGAUUGAGGCCGAGCGAAAGAAGCUGGGAAUCAUCCUGCGUGCUAUCACAGCAACCUGCAUCCGCUUCUCCAACGAUCCACGACUUGGCGACCUUGAAUCUCGAUCCAAAUUGGCCAAAUCCAACCACCAAGCAGUCAUAUUGGAAAGCAUGGAAUCUUUCUCGGUCGAGGGCCUUCAAGCUCUCAUAAUAUGCGCCUUUGAUACAAUAGGGAGUGGUCGUGGUCCUUCAUCCUGGUCUAUAGUGGGGAGUAUGGCAAGAACAGUAGAGCAACUGCAGUUAAGCAUUGAAGAAGAUGCAGACGGGGCAGACAGUCUCUCCAGAAGGGACACGCAUGCACUGGUCAAACGAAUAGCAUUUCUUCGACCGUGUCAGACAUGGAGCGAAGCCGAGGAGCGACGACGCGUGUUUUGGAACGUCUUCCUUAUGGAUCGCUUUUGCAGCAUCGCGACAGGGUGGAAUGUUUGUCUCACAAGUGCUGAUGUAAAAAGACGUUUACCGUGCGAGGGAGCGCUGUGGGGCGAAGGCCGUCCUUUGGAAACGCCGACGCCGUUCUUCGGUGUAUCAGACCCUCCAGGUACUACAGUCAAUUCGCUACCUACAGCCCGACUGGAGUCAGCAGAUCAGGCUUCUCUUGGUGGCUUUGCAUACUGCAUUGAAGCCACCGAAAGUUUGAGCCUCGUCACCUCCUUCUUUCUGCAGCAAGCAGUAGACGUAGCCAGAGCCCACGACUUGCAGGUCUGGCUCAUGAGGUUCAAGCAACUGGACCUUCGUCUUGUUCAAUGGAAAAUAUUCUUGCCAGAGCGUUGGCGCGAAGCAUGCGCGCUCAAUGCAGACGGGAACAUGGACCCAAACCUGACCUUGGCUCACAUUACACACAACACUGCCGUGGUGCUUUUGCAUCAAGGUAUAGCUUAUCCUCCGCAAGAGUGGCAAUUGAUCCCGAUGAAAUUACCCACCAGUUCAAGUGCUGAGACUUGCAUGGCAGCAAGCGUAGAGGUCUCGAUCAUUGCGGAACAGUUUCUCCUCAACACGCAGUGUCUCACAAAUCCACAAUUCGCGUUCUGCCUGUUUAUAUGCGGUCGCAUGCUCCUCGCCCAUUCGUUCUACUACGAGAUCCCUUUACCCCCGGCAUUCAACAGCCUUGUUCAAAGUCUCAAGGUUAUGGCACAACGUUGGAACGGAGAAUACUCUACACUGAAAACCAAUUUGGCCUCUAAGUUCGCAAUACGGCUUGUCCACGCUAGAAAAUCGGGGCUACAGACUUUAGAUCUUCGACAAGCAGCUUACUCCGAUAAUCCACCCGACCUUGACGUUAAUGCUUCUAGCGGUACCUUGGCGUCGACGGAGGGCCUUUUCAAUGGCACAGGCACGGGAUCGCAUGCUCUGGACUCAAUGAGUGAAGCCUUUCCAAUGACGAUAGAUCAGGUCGAGACCCCGGACAGCAUCACAUUGGCUUUCCCUCCGCUACCUCUUGCUUUCCAAGCGCAAUCGUCAAGCAAGAAUCAGACUGCUAUGUCAUCUCCAACUCUAGAGUCGACGAAACAAGCCAGCUUUGCGCACGCGCAUGCCGGCUUCGCACAGGAUUCAGCAUUAGAAGACUUAGCUUCUUUCCUCGAUUACCCAUUUCUUCCCGAUCAACGAGUAUCCACAUUCUCGCAUUCGAUGGGUUGA